CAGUCGAGACAUAGCGUACGUGGGAAGGGGGUAGAUAGAAACUGUAAAACAUGGAGUGUUCUAUACUUUCACGUCUAACCGACACCAUGCAGUUCUGUCAGGUGUGUUUUGAACGUUACAGUGAGCCGAGGGUCCUGGACUGUCUGCACGUGUUCUGUAAAAACUGUAUCAGUAUGGAGUCUGCGACUGGGGCAGAAACUACGGUCUGUUGCACCAUUUGCAAGACCCUGACAAGGUUGAACUCCGAGGAGAGGGUAUCUGGUCUGCCGGACGCGUCCUUCCUUCUGAAGCUGAGCAACGAAGACUCCGAGCACCUUCAGGAGAGUCUCAUCUUCAAGAAGUGCGGGGUCUGUGAAGACGGUUGUGAAGAGGCGACUGCAGAAUGUUUAGACUGUGAAGACUACUUGUGCAGAGUCUGCGCAGAGUGUCACACCAGGACAAAGUUCACGAAAGGUCACCGAGUAGUGUCUCUGUCUUCUGCGAACGAGAACGACGUGUCACCACAACCUGGGAACGACUUUGACGAGAAACGUUUGCUAGACAAAAAGGGCGGUCGCUCCAUUUUGGCCAUAUUGGAUGAGGAAUAUGACAAUCAAAAUCUUUUGUGCACAAUAGAAGAACAAGAAAAGUUCUGA